AUGAAACUAUCGAUUGCUUUGUCGUCAAUCCUGCUUGUUUGCUCUGUUACUACAGCUAACCCAGUCAAUCCCAGUGCAACUACAAGUGUUGAGCCUAGUUCUUCUACAGCUAUUUUCACUGCAACUGCAAGUACUUACCCUAACCCUUCGCCAGUUUCUAUUGCACAGGCUAAAAAAUUGGUUGAUUUUAGUAAACUUUCAAAGAAUGAUAUGAAUUUGAUGGAAAAAUAUCUAAAAACAAGUGAAAAUUAUCAAGGGGCAAAGGAGGCGCUGGAGCUGGAAGAACCUAGAAAGCUUGCUCAAGAAGCGUUGGUAAAACGCCUAUGUGAAAAAUAUAUGGGAUUGUUGGGUAAAUAUCAUAGCAAAAGUGGUUUCAUAUAUGGGAUUAAAGCCGAAUGGCUUAAACCAAAACUCAAUAAGGAAAAGAAAAUUCUUUUGGAGCUUGAAAAAGUGUAUCAGGAUCUCCGUCUCAAGAUUUUCGAUUAUAAUUGGAUAUUGAAUGACAUUGGAAAAGAGCUUGCAAAGCGUCUGUUUGGAGAUGGUCUGGAUCAAUCGUCAAUUCAUUCUUACAUGAUGUUUAUAAAAUCAAAUCCCAGGUUUAUUCAAAGCAUCCAAAGCACUCUUGGUCACAUGCUAGGCCAGCAGCCAGGAACCGAGCAAGCCUCCACUAGUGGAACCCAAAGUCCAUCACAACAUCGUGAAAGUCCAUCAUCCGGUACACAUGAAGUUCCCAAAUCUCCUCGUUCACAAAAAAAGUCUCGUUCUCGUGCAAAGAAAGCUUAUUCCAAAAUUAAGGGUGCAUUUGGAUCAAGUCCAAAUCAAGACAAUACAGAUGAUUACGAACCAUUGCUUGAUUGA